AUGGGAAAUGGAUACAACUACAACCAUCACCUUCAUCAGCAAAGUUUCUAUAACAAGAACUCAUUCUUGCCACUUCUAUGCCGAGUUUCCAUCAAGGAUGUCAAGUUAAGAGAGUACAAAGAUCGUUCAUGCUCCUUCUCCGACGACCCUUCAUCCCCUAAAGUUAGUUGUAUGGGUAAAGUCAAGAAAACCAACCGGUUAAUCGGCUUUUCAACACCCUAUAGGCUCACGGCCGCAACAGCUACAACAGCCACCACCACCGCGAAAACCAACACAAAUCACCAAGGGCAUUUUAAGCACAAAAAGCUCAGAAGAUUGUUUUCCGGCAAAAACCUCAUAACUAGCUUCCCGGCCACCAGCAGCAGUAGUAACACCAGGUACGGUGCUGGGAAUGCUAGGAGCUGCAGAGAGAUCAUCCUGAGGAGAAGUGGUUCAAGAAGGUCUUCGAAGAUUAACAAUGAUGAUGGUGGUAUUGAUCAUGUGAGCAUUAGUGAACUGGAUCCCCCAUUGCCGGUGAUCAAGAAGGUGCAGCAGCCAUGUGAAGUAAAUCUGUGGAAGAGAAGAUCUGGUGGCCCGGCACUGAAAAGUUUACAGAUUGAACAGAUUCAUGUACCUAGGAACAAUCACCUGCCACUGCCAGCACAAACUGUGUAA